GAUCAACAUACAAUAUAACAUGGAGGGAAAUUCAUCUAGAGGGAAAAAAUCCAUGCAAGUAGAGAAAGAGGAAACGAUCAAAUACCGAGGCGUUCGGAGGCGGCCGUGGGGGAAAUUCGCAGCUGAGAUACGCGAUCCGACCACCAAGCCCAGUUCGCGACAGUGGUUAGGUACGUUUGACACGGCGGAGGAAGCUGCUAGGGCUUAUGAUAAGGCAGCAUUUAACCUAAAAGGACAUCUUGCUACUCUGAAUUUUCCUAAAGAGUAUUAUAAUAAACUUCCUUGUCCUCCUUUAUAUCAUCGUAACACAAUUUGUCCAUCAACAAAUAACGUUAAUAGUAAUAUUCCAAGAGGAAAUUCAUCAUCAUCAUCAUCAUCAAGUAAAGCUACGGAAAUUAUUGAACUUGAAUGUCUUGAUAAUAGUGUUCUUGAAGAGCUUCUUGGUGCUGAAGAUCCAAAAAUUACAAAAAGAAAAUAA